GAACUAUUUGAUGUUUAGAGAGCUGUAGCGAAGAGAGCAUUAAUGCCGCAGAUAAUAUUGAUUUUUACGAUUUCUCGGAUUCAGAUUCAGAGGAUCUAAAUUCACGACUUGAUCCACGUCCAGAUUCAGAUCUAGCAGAUCCUUUGCAAAUUUUAGAAAAUGCCACAGAUACUAUGGUAGAUAGUUUUCAAGAAGACGAUCUCAGGCUCAGUGAAUAUAUGGACCUUGUAUACUGUAGUUCAGACAGUUUGCUUCCCAAACAACAACAACAACAAGUCUUGCAACAGCCAAAAUUGAUCCAACAACAAUCACUAAUGAUUAAAAGACAGAAAUCUCACUCACAACAACAAAUACAGCAAGUACAAAAUAUGAAUGAAGUAAAUUCCUGUAAUGAAAAAAGCCAUAGUAAUUACAAUGAUGAUAAUAAUGCUGCACCGUCCACUCAGAUCAAACAAAUACAGAGAAGGGUAGUAGAACUGAACCAUGUCGGACCCCCACCCCUAGCAGACACACACCUCACCACACCAACACACAAUUACCGACGCUCUCUUCAUCUUCCUAAACCUAAGCAAGAGGAGAAGAAAAGAUUCAGUGAAUUACGGUUUGACAUGCUUCAAGCUGGUGCUCUCCGGGUAGAAGGGGAGGAGGGACGUCAAGGGGGUGUUCUUCGGGUAGAAGGGGAGGAGAGACCUCAAGGGGGACAAAGUAUAAAAAAACAUUUGUCCACUAGUCUCACAGAAAUCUCCUCCUCACCCAACCCUGGAGAGGGGGAGGGGCGCAGUGAGACUGAAGUGGCAGGCCGUGAGGGGAAACAGGAGGGGGAAAAUACUUGCAGAGAGGGGGAAUUGACAGAAGGGCAGGGUAGGGUGGGGAAACCUGUGUUUCGAAGCCAAUCAGCCAGAUAUGGAAUUGAACCAAACCCUGAGGAAAGAAGACUCAGUAACUUCCUUGGACGAUAUAUUAAACGCGAGGAGUCUCUCAAGUUGAAGGUAUUGAAGGAACCGAAGAGAAAGACAAGUAAGGAUGUGUGGCAAGUUGAUUCAUCAAGCUGGGAGUUUCUAGGACAAGAUCUAGAAUCCAGGUCCAGCCAACCCAGGGAGACCCCUGUACGGAAUAUAGAGGAAUUAAGAACCACCCUUCUUCAAAAUCUUGACGAAAAAAAGCGUAUCUCUGUUCCCGAUUCUGAUGAGAAAAUUAGCGUCCCUGGUCAAAAUUUCGAAGUAGACAAGAAUACCUCUCUUAAAAAAUUAGAAGCACAAAGAAACGCUAAUAUACAUCGGGAGUCCAUCCCUCCAGCGGAAAUUCAGAAAACAGAUAAAAAUGUUAAAAAGUUGAGAAAAGAAAGUAUUCUCAAACAUCAUUUCCUGAUGGACAAGUUUCAAAAUAGUCGGAAAGAAGUAAGGGAGGUUAGGGAGACUGGGGAGGUCAAGGAGGUCAUGGAGGUCUCGGAGGUCAUGAAGGUCAUGGAGGUUAGAAGCUCAGAUGAAAGUGAUAGUUCAUCAGAGAGCUGGAAGAAAAUUAAUUCACUCAGUUCUGAGAGGGAGUAUACUCUACAGAUAGAGGAGAAGGCUAACUUGAACAAACAAAAUUCAUCUAACAACAGGUUGCAUCAAGAUGAUAGUCUGUAUGACACAGAAUACGAUUCAAGUUUAACAAGUAGCAAACACACAAGUGGUACAAGCAGUAGAUAUAAAAUCCACGGAAAACAUACUGUACAUGCUGUACACUCUACCUACGGUACUAGCAAGGAGGAUGUUGUACCGAUGCCAACCAAAACCAAGCAGGCCGAAAAACCAGAUAAUCAUAUCAUAAUACAGGAAUAUAUCCUGCUGAGUAGUGGAUCCCCCUGCUCCCUGUUAGGACAAUGUAUCCGAGUUUUCAUCAGCUGUACUCUUAGCACUAAACUCAGAGAUCCAGUUCGUGUGAUGAGCAAUGUUCGUCAGUUUAUGAAUGGAUGUAAAAACUAUCUUUUAAGGACUGGUGAGGGUGAGAUCAAGCAACUGGUUGACCUGCAGAGGGUGAGACUAAAAGCAAAUGAAUAUCUGAAUAUGGAUACAAUACUAGAGGAUACUAUGCAUUUACUUAUCAUUAAACCACUCAGGUCUCAUUUACGUGAUCUCAUCCAAACCAAGUACACCAGAACAAGAUAUUUUGAUGAUUUAGAGGAAAGUGGAGAAAAAUUCAAGAAAAAGAGCAUGGAAUUACUUACAGAAAAACGAAGGAAAUUACAGGGUACCUCCGAGAGUAGUAGGGCUGAAGUAGACCGUAUCCUGGUUUCCUUGUGCUCUGGAUAUUCUCCUCCGGAGAAGUUGAACCUAAUCCUGAACCUGGUUCACCAGAUUUUACUCCAGGCUGGCCGUGUAUCUGUAUAUGACUGCUGUCUCCUGAUCUCUUGUGAGCUAUUGAACUCCUGUAAGGAGGUAAAGAUGGAGCUGGAGUACCUGCAGGCCCUAAUCUCCCCCUCCUUAAUACAAGGAGAAGGAGAAUACUACACAUGUCUCCUGGAAACCUCGUUAAACCUUCUCUCAAGCCAAGUACUCCCAAAUUCACAGGCCUGUAUUAUCAGUAUUCCUGUCUCUGUACCACGUGACAAACAUAUGAGAAGUCCCGGAAAUGAGAAGAGUGGUGAUCAGCUGACUUCCAGACAUCUUCCAGUUUUCCCGGGCAUGACAAUCAAAUCUUUAAUCAGCUGUGCCUCUUUUAUAUUUAGAUUAGAGUCCUCAAAUUCAUACUCUCUCUUUCUUAUCCACGAAGGCAAAGAAGAGAAGUUGAAUCCUGGAACUGAAGUUGAUGAAAUAUUUCCCCAACUACGAGAAGAAAACGCUUCCCUUAUUUUUAAAAGAGAAGAUUCUAACAUAAUGCUCCCGCUUCUUCCUAAAUCAAUUAAUUAACCUGAGCAAAGACAACAGCUUCUUCUGAAAUCAAAAAAAAAAUCCAAAAGUUGAAAAUUUCUUUAAUCUAUUUUCACUUUGUAAUUAAACAAAAAAAAUACUCCCCCGGAACCUUUUACAUAGCUUUAAAUAUUAGAAGAAUUGUUCUUCUCUUAUCUGAUCUCAAAUAAAUAUUCAAUUUGUUGUUAAA